CUGGAGCACGGAGAGUGGAACCUGUAAAUAAAUCUAACCACCUAAAAACCAGUAAACCUGGAACACCCUGCGUGAAAACGGGGCACAAACGUGGGGUGAACUAUGAACGUUAUGGUGCUGUACUAAAAUUGGCUUGUUAUCAAGUUGUCUUGCAUGAAGACCAAAGAUAAGCUCAUGUCAGGUGUAAUGGGUCGAAGUGCGUUUAAGUAUGAAAGUUGACGUGUGCUUCAGUCAUCCGCAGUGACAUUAUUAAGUGCAGACAUUUUCAUCCAGAGAAACUCAAGACUGUCAGUCUGCCUUGAAGCGAUCCAAGGGUGUAUAGUAUACCCAGAACAUGGUUGAGACACAUCUCUUGGCUGGCCUGGGAACAACUCAGCGUUUCUCCGGAUAAGCUGAAGAAGGUGGCUGGGGAGGGGGAAGUUUGUGCUCUCUGCUUAGGCUACUGUGCCCACAACCUGACCCUGACUAAGCGGAAGAGGAUGGAUGGACGAACAGAUGGAAAACUAUUCUCUGCAAACUCCAGAGAAACCCGAGAGAUUGUUGUGUGGAAAAAUCCCAGUAAAUCCCAAUAAGAAAGAUAAAGCCAUAAAGAAUGUCUGAUAUAAAAUAUUACAUGUCACUGUCUGUGACUGUGGGUGUCAUGUUGGUGGGCCUGCUGUACUCCAUCUGUUUAGCCUGUCAGUGGAUUUAUGGUUGGCCUGACAAGCCUGGGUAUAGGAAGUACAUAGAAGCUCUUAAUCCAAGGCGAAUAUAUCGUCUGACCCUCGCUAUAGUGGAUCUUCUCAAAUACCUGCAGUAUUGGAAAGUUUACUUUCAGCUGAAGUCAUGGUAUAACGAUGAGAGGAAUCUAAAGUAUUAUGAAAAGGGCAUCACGUUUGGCCGCAGAGGCAACAAGCUGGACUUGUACCACCCUCCAAAUGUAGGGAAGCUACCAUCACAGGUGGUAGUAUUUGUCUACGGAGGUGCAUGGGGCACAGGAGAAAGGUCCACUUACUGUUUACUGGGGAGUCGGAUGGCUGAAGAACUGAAAGCAACUGUAAUUUGUCCUGAUUACUGCACAUAUCCAAAGGGGAAUGUUUUAGGGAUGGUCCAAGAUAUCGCUGACUGCUUGAUUUGGGCCCACCAGAAUGGAGAGAAAUUCAACUUUGACAAAGACAACAUUGUAUUAAUUGGGCAUUCAGCAGGUGCACAUUUGUGUACACUCACCACACUGUUUCUUGUUGAUACAAGAGAGGAGCUUUCCAUAGAGCCAGGCAAGCAGCAGGAAGUCUUGCUCUCGAUAAGAGGAAUUAUUGGUCUGAGCGGCGUCUACAACAUCAUGGACCAUUAUGAGCAUGAACAGAAACGAGGAGUCGAACGAGUGUCCCCCAUGCACAAAGCGAUGAAUGGUGUGAAAAACUUUCCAUACUACUCACCAACACACUUACUAAAGAAGCUCAGCCAGGAUAAAGUCAACAGAUUGCCUCCAUUCGCUUUGCUUCAUGGGACCAAUGACAUUAUGGUUCCUGCUGAAUCUACCAUAAGAUUCUCUGAGCUUCUCACUUUGCGCUCUGUUAAGAUGUCACUGAAUCUGCUUCCUGGAGUCGCCCACACUGAGACUGCCGUUGACCUCAUGAUAUCAAACAGACGCCUCUACCAUCCGAUCUACAGAUACAUCAAAGAAGAGUUCAGAAAACUUCUGGGUAUCUGCUGACUGGCCGUGAUUAGAAAAGUAUUCGCACAGCUCCAAUAUGUGCUGAAUUGUACUGUACUGUAAAUUAAAAUUAACCAUUUAAUUAUGA